AGCUGUCACAUGGUAGAAGGCUGUUGUGAAUAACCCUGUACCAUGUGAUCUCUGUGAUCAUUCACAGAUUUCACACGUAGAAAGCAAUGAUGUCAGAAGUGACAUCUUGCUUACUACUCUGCAUGUGAUCACAUGAUCGGGACCUCACAGAGAGGUCCUGUCUGAUGAUCAGAUUGUAUAUAAACAGCCGGACGGUGGCAGUGCAGGGUCAAGUGGUCGUUUACAAACUGCCUCCCCACCCGCUUGUGCGCGCUCCCUGGGAGCGCGCAGCACCACGAUCCGGGUCGGGUGGCCGUUUAUAA